UCCAAAAAGGUUGAUGUGAUAUUGUGGUGGGACACUGCAGCUCUACGGCACACGACGAGGGUCACACUUUGACCUAUUUGCCUAAUGCUCAUCUGCUGUUUAUAUAUCUCAUCUUACGACAAUACGCGGCCGAGGACUCGUACACAUGUAAAUAAAUAUAUAUCAUAUGAACAAAGUACACUUGAAAGUGUACUUAUAAUAUUUGCCGGGCUGCAAUGUGAGUGAACGGAAGCCGCGGACCGAAGCAGCGUCGCCACUUCUAGACUUUUCUUCAUCUGUGGACAUGAUGAUGAUGGCGGUGCUGCUGCCUUAAAACCACAAGCAGCUUACCAAGGAAACAAGCUGCAAGGGAGCCUGCUGGACUUCUGCUCGCUCCCCUCUCGACUUCCCCGCCAUGGCGGAGGAAGAGGAGGAGGAAGCGGCGAUGGCGGCGGAGAGUCUGCUGGAGCAGGUGAUGCUCAAGGACCUGAGCAAGAGGCUCCAGGUGGGCCAGGAACUGGUGGCGCUAAUCCUGCAGGAAGACAAGUGCCCCGGGCUGCAGCAGGACCAAGGAGUGCUGGACAGGAUUGUGGAGACAGUCGCCAGCUCCUGGGUCAACUCCAGCAACUUUAAGGUGGUAUUGUCAGGGAUGGACAUACUGUCGGCGUUAGUCAGCAGACUGCAGGAGAGAUUCAGGAUGCAGGUUGGUACAGUUCUCCCCAGCUUAAUAGAUCGUCUGGGAGAUGCCAAGGACCAAGUCCGGGACCAGGACCAAGCACUGUUACUCAAGAUCAUGGACCAGGCUGCCAACCCACAGUAUGUUUGGGAGCGAAUGAUUGGAGGAUUUAAACAUAAGAACAACCGGACCAGAGAAGGACUCUGCCUCUGUCUCAUCGCCACCUUAAAUGUGUUUGGAUCUCAGAGCCUGACCCUUAACAAGAUAGUUCCUCACAUUUGUCACCUGUUGGGAGACCCCACAAGUCAGGUGCGUGAUGGAGCCAUGAGCUCUCUCGUGGAGAUCUAUCGCCAUGUUGGUGAGCGAGUGAGGAUUGACCUUGGAAAAAAGGGCCUACCUCAGUCACGGUUAAACGUCAUCUUCAGUAAAUUUGAUGAAGUCCAAAGGUCGGGGAACAUGAUCUUGUCACCUGUAUCAGAUAAAAACUUUGAGGAUGACGACUCACUGGACGGGGGCUGCUCUUCAAGCUCAUCCAAAGCUGCAUUGUUGGCUGGGAGAAAGACUAUGAGUGUGGGUUCACGCCGAAACCCCACCUCCAGCACCAAGUCAGCAGGGAAAGAUGGUUCUUCUGCCGGCGCAGUGGAUGAGGACGACUUCAUGCAAGCCUUCGAUGAUGUUCCCACUAUGCAGAUAUACUCCAACCGGGAGGUAGAAGAGGCCAUGGCCAAGAUUCGAGAUGUGCUGUCAGACGAGAAACGCGACUGGGAGCUCCGCGUGGCAGCGCUGAAGAAGGUACGCUCACUGGUCUUGGCUGGAGCAGCAGAGUUUGACGGUUUCCUGCAGCAGUUGCGGCUCCUAGAGUCUGCAUUCAAACUGUCGGCCAAAGACCUACGUUCUCAGGUGGUUCGGGAGGCCUGUAUCACUCUUGGACACCUUUCCUCAGUGCUCUGCAGCCGCUUUGAUCAUGCCGCUGAAGCAAUCCUUCCGACCCUUCUCUUCCUGGUCUCCAACUGUGCCAAAGUCAUUGCCACCUCUGGCAUUGCCGCCAUCCGCCUCAUCCUUAAACACACACACUACCCUCGUCUUAUCCCUGUCAUCACCGGCAACUGUACCUCAAAAUCUGUGGUGGCCAGAAGGCGCUGCUAUGAGUUCUUGGACCUGCAGCUCCAGGGAUGGAACACGAGCGCUCUGGAGAGGCAUGUAGCCGUGUUAAUGGAAACAAUAAAAAAAGGCAUUCAUGAUGCAGACGCGGAGGUGCGCUCUUUGGCCAGGAAGUGCUACUGGGACUUCCACGGCCAUUUUAGUCAGGAGGCGGAGCAACUGUUCCAAAGCUUGGAGUCGUCGUAUCAGAAAGCUCUGCAAGCUCACCUGCGAAGUGGAGACACGUUGGUGUCGCUGCCGGCCUCUGAUCGCUCUUCGUCCUCCUCGCAGGAGAGCCUCAAUCGACCUUUGUCUGCAAGAAGCACCACUGGAAGCAGCAUGGCGAGAUCCAAAGUGGGGCAAGCCUCCAAACCACCUGUUGGUACCACCUCUGGCUCCCUGCAGCGUUCUUGCAGCGACGUGGAUGUCAACGCAGCAACCACAGCCCGCACCUGGAUGCCUGCUGUGUCCUCGGCAGUGCAGUCAUCCUCUUCGUCCUUUAGUUCCGCCUCUGCUCUUCCGCCCGGAUCUUACGCUUCACUUGGUCGAGUUCGAACACAAAGAAUAAGCACAAGAAAACGUCCAUCUGUGCCUGACUGUCGGGGUCGUAGCAAAGGGAAGAUCGCCUCACAUUCUCAACCCGGCAGCAGGUCUGGUUCCCCAGGGCGAAUACUGAGCUCCACUUAUAGGAGAAUCAACAAGGCAACUAUGGAGAGCGCCAGCAAUGGUGCUAACAGCAACCUGAGCGACAGUAGGCGACCACGAGGCCACCGCAGCCAGGGCUGCAGCCGAGAGACCAGCCCCACCAGAUCAGGCUCUGCACGAAGCCGAAUUCCUCGACCUAGUAUGAGCCAGGGUUGCAGCCGCGAAACCAGUCGCGAGAACAGCUGUGACACUAGCCCUUCCAGGGGUGUCUUCCCCCUGGACCGGCUGUCUCACCAGGCUCGGAUCUCGGCCUCAGUCAAUGCCAUGAGGAUCCUCAACACAGGCACUGAGGUGGAGGCUGCUGUUGCUGACGCUCUGCUCUUAGGAGACUUGAGGAGUAAGCGGCGGGCGGGGCGACGGCGCUUUGAGUCGCCAGGAAUGUACUCUGAUGACGAUGCGAACAGUGAUGCCUCCAGUGCCUGCUCAGAGCGCUCAUACAGCUCGCGCAACGGCGGCAUGGCGUCUCAAUAUGCACGUCAGACAGAGGAUGUAGCUGAAGUUCUGAAUCACUGUGCCAGCACCAACUGGUCAGAAAGGAAGGAGGGCUUGCUUGGAUUGCAGAACCUGUUGAAGAACCAGAGAACUCUAAGUCGUGUGGAGCUGAAGAGACUCUGUGAGAUCUUCACCAGGAUGUUUGCAGACCCUCACAGCAAGGUCUUCAGCAUGUUCUUGGAGACUCUGGUGGACUUCAUCGUCGUGCAUCGGGAAGACCUGCUCGACUGGCUUUUCGUCCUGCUCACCCAGUUGCUGAAGAAAAUGGGUGCCGACCUCCUCGGAUCUGUUCAAGCCAAGGUCCAGAAGGCUCUGGACGUCACAUGCGAGUCCUUCCCAUACGAGCAGCAGUUCAACAUCCUGAUGCGGUUCAUCGUGGAUCAGACACAAACGCCUAAUCUGAAGGUGAAGGUGGCCAUUUUGCGCUACAUUGAGGCACUAGCCCGCCAGAUGGACCCGGCUGACUUUGUCAACACUAGCGAGACCCGACUGGCUGUUUCACGCAUCAUCACUUGGACUACCGAACCCAAAAGCUCUGAUGUCCGUAAGACCCUUCAUAACUGGGUUGGGGAGGAUUUGUCAGGCCGAGCCGGCACCGUGACCUCUUUGCCUGGGGAAGGCAACCUGGAGGAGAGGUGCAAGCAGGCAGCCCAGGUUGUGCUCAUAUCUCUGUUUGAGCUAAACACACCAGAGUUCACCAUGCUUCUCGGCGCUCUACCUAAAACUUUCCAAGAUGGGACCACCAAGCUGUUGCACAACCACUUGAGGAGCACAAGCGCCAACAGCGGCAUCAGCAUGGCAUCUCCCAGUAGCUCCACGGGUCGAACAACGCCACGGCAGUCUAGCAGCCGCAGCAGCCCACUGAUGUCCCCCACCACUUUCUCCCAUGGCAGUCUUUCUCCGAGCAUGCCAGAGUACGACAGUGAGAACCUGAACUCUGAGCAGAUCUACAGCUCCCUGCGUGGUGUCACUGAGGCCAUCCAGAACUUCAGCUACCGCAGCCAAGAAGAUCCAAUGGAGAUGUAUAGGCCAGAUGAAAAACGGGACACCACGGUGAACUGUGAAGGCGGCACUCCCUUACACUUGGACCUUAGACUUCAUGGAGCUAUGGUGGACAACAAGACCUCAUUGCUAUACCCGCCUUCGCAACGCUUUACUGGGCCGCGUUUCAGAGACUACAACCCUCACAACUACACCGACAACCCCAGCACAUUGGACAAAGGCGCCCUAAGAGAGACACGGUUUGAAGACAAUGUGGAGCUGCGACUGGACGGUCACCAACAAGAAUGUGUUGAAAACAAGAUCCAGGAACACAGAAAUGUCCCAGGAGCGACUGAGCGACUUCAGCUUGUGGGGGAGCUGCUGAAGGAGCUGUCCCAAGGCCCAGUAGGUGAGCGCGGCAUUGAGGAGCGACGGGCCACCAUGCUGGAGCUGCUGAAGGUUGCCCGAGAUGACAGUCUGGUAGUUUGGGACGAGCACUUCAAGACCUUGCUGCUUCUGCUUCUGGAGAUGCUGGGAGACAAAGAUUACAUGAUCCGUGCACUGGCCCUGAGAGUCCUGAAAGAGAUCUUAAGAAACCAACCAGGCCGUUUUAAGAACUAUGCCGAGCUCACCAUAAUGAAGAUGCUGGAGGGUCAUAAAGACUCACAUAAGGAGGUGGUGCGUGCGGCAGAGGAAGCCGCAUCCACACUGGCGGGCUCAAUACACCCAGAGCAGUGCAUCAAGGUCUUGUGUCCCAUUGUGCAGACAGCUGACUACCCAAUCAACUUGGCUGCCAUCAAGAUGCAGACAAGGGCCAUCGAACGCAUUGUAAAGGAACCGCUUCAUCAGAUGCUGCCUGACAUCAUCCCAGGCCUCCUGCUGGGCUACGACAGCAGUGAGAGCAGUGUGAGGAAGGCUAGCGUCUUCUGCUUAGUGGCCGUCUACGCUGUGAUUGGCGAGGAGCUGAAGCCCUACCUUUCUCAGCUUACAGGCAGCAAGAUGAAGCUGCUCAACUUGUACAUCAAGAGGGCCCAGACCACCACCAGCAAUAGCAGCAGCUCCUCUGACAUCUCCUCCUACUAACUCUCUACAACACCUGCUCUGACACUCUCAUCAGCUUCUUCCAUUCAAACCUUUUGCUUACCUUGCAGUGAAAAUCUGCCAUCCUGAAAGCAAAGCACCAUCCUUGACUCCUUUUAUGAUGGCGAGGUCAUGUGCCUAAACAAAGUCUUUCCUUCGCUCAUACAUCAUCAUGCCCGGCGUCUCUUGCGUCAAACAGUGUGCAUGCCCACAAGCUUACAGUUUUUUCUUUAUCCAAUGUAAUGAGCUGAAAAACAACUACUGCACUCUGGUGCAGCCUUUCUGGACCGAGAAAGAAAGUCUUCUCAAAGUGGACAUGUCACUUUGCAGCAGAUAAUCAAUUGGCUGGCCAAUGAUUUGAAGCUCAACACAUUUUUUUAUUGGUUUCACCCUAACGGAGCAUUUCUAUUUUUUCUUUGUUUGAAGAAAGUAAGACAAUCAAUGUGGAACAUUGGAAUAUUUUGAAGAAGAAGCUGCAUUCCAUUCUUCUUGACAAAACAUGAAACUGAAUGUAUUCCAUAUUCAUGAAAAGAGAAACUACAAACAAGUACACUAAUGUCAGAGAAGAUUAGAUUGUAGGUGAGUACAAUCAAUGAAGUUCAACAUUCGAAUGUUAGUGGACUCUUCAUCAGUACAGUCCAGUUACGAGUGAACCACUAAGUGAAGACUACUGUCAACAUUUCCUGUCUUAUAGCCAAUAUAAUGAGAAGAAAGUGUUGCAAAAAUGUGUAAAGUCUGAGACCUAAAAAUGUGAACGAUUAAGACGAUCACCAGCUGCAGCCGAGAAGCUUCUGGCGAGAAUGUCUUUGCUCUCUGUCUCUAAUGGAAAACUUUGUCAGUGCACUUCACUAUGUACUCUGCGUACUUGCUUCCUGAAGGCGCACGUUAGUACUUUCUCAAAUCCAUUACCGUCGCAGCACUCUUGACUGAAAAUGAUGAUUGCAAUAUUAUCCGUUUCCUUUUAUCUUCUUCUCUCCUUUUAUAAUUGUGACUUGCAUUUACUGGAGUUUUAGUCCCUCCCCUCCGCUGCGUAAAAUUCCUUUGAUUGAGGUUGUCAAGACUGAGUGCAACAUCCGACACACUUCUUCUCAGUGUCAAGAUGCUCAGUCUUAGUAUGGAAGUGUGCGAGUUGAGAGACAGCCCUUAUUUACAAUUCCUGUCACAGGUUAUAAUCCUGUUGUCAUUGCUGAAUAUCCAGCCACUUAUUUUACAAUCAUCAAUAAAGUAAGUCUGAAAUUGUGGUAUUUUAGAAUGACACGUUAGACUCAUGGUCUCACUUUUAGUAGCAAGUAAUCACACCACACCAUUUUGUACAUUGAUCAAUGUUUGAAAUGUGCCUCAUAUCUGCUUUAGACAGGACAGACCUCUGCACCUUCCAUUGUCUUCCCGUCCUGAGCCUGUUCAAACCUAGCAACGGGCUGAAUGUUGAACGUCCCACAUCUUCGACGUGUGCCUUUAGUUGAACAUGACUGUUUCCUACGCCCUCCUAAGUCCACUUUAGAACAAGUAAGUGAGGGAAGUUGUUAGUGUGCAUGCACCCCCCGUCACGCAAUACUAUAUUUAUACUACUGUAUAUUUACAUGUUACCAGUCAUGCAGAAUUGAAAUAAACUGUCAGACUUCUCA